UGUAAUGUGCCUAUGAAUCACUUUCUAAUAACGCUCGCUGUCUCCAUGAGGGCAGGGGCCGAGUGCUGUAAUGUCUGCACUAUGGGUUAUAUUAUAAGGAGUAAGAAGAGUGCAGGUGUGUGUGGAAUCCGCUGAGCUGGUCACGGCGCUGGGUUACGCCGGGAUAGUGGGCGGAGUCUCUGGAGUCUCCGGGAGAGGCGGGAAAUCAGAAUUCAGGAGCCGGCGACAGAGGCGAGCUGGCGGGGCGGCCGGAGGGGACCGGGAGGCGGGAGCGCCCCGGACCGGAGGGCGCUGGGGCACCACAACCUGCAGUAUGCAAAAUGAACGAUGUGUACGUGGGGCCCAAGGUGCAAAGAUGUAAAGGAGGAACACCGCAAGGAAGAGGUGUGAAAAUGAAACCGUGUCUCCCAAGAGCAAAACCUCUUCCCGACAAGGGCCCAGCACAGAAGCCUUUUACUGGGAAAGUGUUCUACCUGGAUGUCACGUCAGCACUGGUAGCUGAAAAGCUGGAGAAAGACAUUAAAGAAUUAGGAGGAACUGUUGAAGGAUUUCUCAGCAAAGAAAUAACUUAUCUAAUCACAAAUAAAAAGGAGGCCAAGUGUGCAAAGACCUUGAAGUUCACUUCCAUGCCAAGUCCUGAGUCUGGCCAGAAUCCUGGAAUUGUUUCCGCUCGACCAAGCACUCAUAAAGCAGCGCACCAGGAGGGAGGCUCUAGUAAGAAACCAGAGAAGGAUGAUGUGAGCAGAGGGAAAUCUUUACUUAAGAAAGCGAUGAAGGAAACGAAAAUACUGCAAAAAAACAGCAUAUUGGCUAAUGCAUUGAACUGGGGAGUCAGAAUUCUACACGUGGAAGAGGCAAAAAUCUAUAUAGAACAAAAGAAGAGAUCUCUGCAACAGGUUAAACAAUCAGAGGCCUCUGCCAAGCCUGUGGUCAAACGUCCGGUGCGACGCAAAGUGAAAGCACAGAAAUUAUCGAGUCCAUUUAUUAAGGUGGAAGACAGCAGCUGCCAGUACAGACCCCUCUAUCUGGUGCCACCACACUUCCGGUCUUUUCAGUCGCCCAUCUCGAAGCCAUGCUAUUCGGUGGAUAAGAAAGCUGUUGCCGCUCCGAAAGAGACUGACAAAAAGCAGAGUGUCCAUAAGACUUGGCAUGGGCAGGACGGUGGGAAUAAUUCACACUUUAAAGUGAGGGAAGAGAAGAAACGCGGAUACUGCGAGUGCUGCCUUCAGAAGUAUGAUGACCUGGACGCUCAUCUUGUAAGUCAGCAGCACAAGACCUAUGCACAAGGCCCAUAUUAUCAGGAUGUGGAUAAUCUCAUCUCUUCAUUUGAGUUUGACUUUGUGGACUGGUCACAAUGCAGACAAGACGCAAACAGUGAUGAAGCACUCUUGCCAGCUGUAAUUAUUAAACAAGAAGAGAAAGAAAUCCCUCCAAUAAGUGAUCACACUUUCCAAAAUAUGCCUUCCAACAACAUCCCAGAACCCGAUGUUGUGAAGGAGACAGAGGUGAAUGCAUCACAAGACCUUACUUGCACUGUCUUAAAUACGGUUCGUUGUUCUGAGCCAAUAAGCGCUUUCCCAUGCACUGUACAACCUGUCUGUCUCGCCACUUGUUUAGCAGACUCCCCAUACAAACAGCCUGGCGCACCAAUCAUUACUCCAUGCAGUGAGACUUUGGUGUCUCCUGUUCCCAUGGAUGAGACGGGGAAUGUGUUAAUUGUUUACAAUACAGAUGGUAGCCAAAAAGACAUGCUCCCGCAGGAGACUAACACUCAAAGACUUACCGAGUGGCAUCCGCCUGAGGCAGCUAAAGCUAUCCAAAACACUUUCUCUGACUCGGCAGUCGUCUGCCCCAGUAAAAAGAUUAAACUGGCUUUCUCUGACUCGGCAGUCGUCUGCCCCAGUAAAAAGAUUAAACUGGAUGAUAGCCUGGAUUUACUGCCAUUGUGUUCUAGAACUCUGGAGGCUGAACAGAUGAUUGGACUGCCACCCUCUGGGAUAUCUGUGUAUAAUGAAGAUAUGGAGACAUCCUGCCCCUCAAAACUGUUUGAGGCGUUACCCUCCCAAGGGCCCCACUGCUCUCCUAGCAAACUGCACGGAAAUGUCAAAGCAUUAGUAUGUAGUGCAAGGAGGCAGGAGGAUGUUCAUUAUAAUCCUAGAUGUAAGAUAUCUGUUCCAGUGGAACAAUACGAGUUUAGUUCAUCCAAAGAGAGACUAGUAGCCAUGUUUGAAAGCAGCAAUGUGCAAUCGGAAUUCUAUGGGUUCUGUUGCAGCUCUUUGGACAGUCCGUCUAGGAUGGAGGACACAGAGGACCGGCCCUCUUCUCACAGGAACAUUCUCUGGUCUAUGUUUUCACACACUGGUUCUUCAGCCUGUACUUUUAAUGGCUUUUAAGGAGAUUUUAUUGUUUGAUCUAAAUUUUUUUAUUUUAUUUUUAGAUUACAUAUUUUUGUUUUAUAUUUGCAGACUUGGAAACCCAAAAAAUUAAAUAUGUAUGUUAGAACUUU